CAGGCUGCCUAGAGCGUCCCGGAAGUGGCUGGGGGAAGGCGGCCAGGCGCGGACCGGCGGCGCGGGGAGAGGCGGCACUUCCGGCGGUGGCGGCGGCCGGGGUUUGCAGUUCCUAAAGCGAGGCAUGUGGGACCAUGCCGUGAGCCCAGAGGGGUGUCCCCAGCACAGGCGGUACAGCCUCGAUUAACCAGAAACCGGCUCCCAGGACCCCUCUACUCUGUGGUCCAUGUUGGAAGGGAGGGGCUGCCGUUGUCCCCCUGAGAGAAGGCCAGAGGUUCCAACAGUGUGGAUGAGUAGGGGCGUCGUGACACUGGUCGUCUCCUGCGGAGAGCACCGGGAGCCGCCAGCGUCGCUAGGAGCCCGGAAGCCGAGGCGCCGCUGACGCCGCAGGGAGGAAUAGAGGAGCAGCGGAGGCUCACGGUGGCCCCGGGGUCAGAGAGGGACAGGGCAGGCAGGGGCGGGAGCAGAGGAAAGGGGCGGGAGAGGCAAGAAGUCCGCCAGGCCCCGCGGCGAGUGUCUCCCCACCCACUGGGGACAAGCCAGCCUCCGCAUGGCCUCCAAGCAGGCUGCCGGCAGGAGCCCGGGGGAGAAGCGCAAGAGGGUGGUGCUGACCCUGAAGGAGAAGAUCGACAUCUGCACGCGCCUGGAGAAGGGGGAGAGCAGGAAGGUCCUGAUGCAGGAGUACAACGUGGGCAUGUCCACCCUGUACGACAUCAAGGCCCACAAGGCGCAGCUGCUUCGGUUCUUUGCCAACUCGGAUUCCAACAAGGCCCUGGAGCAGCGGCGCACCCUGCACACGCCCAAGCUGGAGCACCUGGACCGCGUCCUGUACGAGUGGUUCCUGGGGAAGCGCGCCGAGGGCGUGCCCGUGUCGGGCCCCAUGCUCAUCGAGAAGGCCAAGGACUUCUACGAGCAGAUGCGCCUGACGGAGCCCUGCGUGUUCUCUGGCGGGUGGCUGUGGCGUUUCAAGGCCAGGCACGGCAUUAAGAAGCUGGACGCGUCCGGCGAAAAGCAAGCGGCCGACCACCGGGCGGCAGAGCAGUUCUGUGGCUUUUUCCGGAGCCUGACCGCCGAGCACGGCCUGUCCCCGGAGCAGGUAUACAACGCUGACGAGACCGGCCUUCUCUGGCGGUGCCUGCCGACUGCCAGCCCGGAAGGCGGGACGGCGCCCGGCGUCAAGCAGAACAAGGACAGGCUGACCGUCCUCAUGUGCGCCAACGCCACGGGCUCGCACAAGAUCAAACCCCUGGUGAUCGGGAAGCGCGGCGGCCCCAGGGCCUUCCGGGGCAUCCAGCACCUGCCGGUGGCGUACAAGGCCCAGGGCAACGCCUGGGUGGACAAGGAGAUCUUUUCCGACUGGUUCCAUCACAUCUUUGUUCCCUCGGUGAGGGAGCACUUCCGAGCGGUGGGCCUGCCCGAGGACGGCAAGGCCAUCCUCCUGCUGGAUGGCGCCCGGGCGCGCCCGCGGGAGUCCCAGCUGGUUUCCGACAACGUCCUCACCGUCUUCCUGCCCGCGGGCGCCACCUCCUCCAUCCAGCCCAUGGACCAGGGCAUUCGGAGAGAUUUCCUGAGGAAUUUCAUCAACCCCCCCGCCACGCUGCAGGGCCGUCACCCCCGUUACAGCAUGAACGAUGCCAUCGUCAGCGUGGCCUGCGCCUGGAGCGCGGUCCCCCGCCACGUCUUCAGCCGGGCCUGGAGGAAGCUGUGGCCCGCGGUCACGUUCGCCGAAGGCUCGUCUUCUGAGGAGGAGCCGGAGCGUCUCCAAACGAGGCCUCACGACCAAACUUUCGCGCACAUCCCGGAGCUCGGGAGAGAGGCCCCGGCGCGCCCCGGCAGCCGGCUUCACCGGGGCGCGGCCGCCGAGGGAGACGGGCUGGGAUGCGAGGCCGGGGAGGGCCUGGCCCCGUCCGCGGGGGGCCCAGAGCAGGUGGAGAAGGAUGGCGACGAGGCGGCCUGGGAGCAGGCGGCCUCGGCCUUUGACUCUGUCGUCCGCUUCGCCGAGGGACAGCCCUGCUUCACGGCGCAGGAGGUGGGGCAGCUGCGCGCGCUGCGCUCGGUGUUCGCGAGGCAGCGGCAGGCGAAGGGGCGGCGCGUGGCCCUCAGGGCCGCGGUCAAGCUCGAGGCCCCCCAGGAGCUCUCCCCUCUGCCCUGCUCGUCCGCGGCGGCCGAGGACUGAUGGCUGGGGGCGCUGCAGAGCCGGGCAGAGCUCGCCCGGGAGGCUGGGCGCCCGGUGUGGGGUCUCGGCGACUUGGGGCGGCCCAUCCCGCGUGUUCUGGUUCGUCGCGGGCCUGUCGUGUUUUCUGGCGCGUGAACGUGAGGAGCCCUUUCUGGAAGGGUCCGCCAGACCGAAAGCCUAGCGGAACAUCCUGUGACCGGAGCCCAGGACCGUGCCGGGCGGACUCUGGCCUCGUGCGCGCUGGCUGAGCCCUGCUGUGUGUGCGGGUGGAGACGUCUGUCCGUCCGGGAGGAGAAAAGCCGGUCCUCGGGCCAAGCAAUGGCAGUACCUGCGGCCACUGGACCGGGUCAGCGUCACCCACGGCCUGCCCCUCCGUCCCCUCGGGCCCGGGUCUGCCGUGUGGCCGCCAUCCCUGCAUCAGGUGGGCGCGACGGCUGGGACUCCGCUUCUGACCGUGAGUCGGCAGAGCCCUCGCCUGCGGCUUCGAAGGCACACGUCGUCACCCUGCUCGCGUGUCCCUACUUCAGUCGCGGGCUCACUCAGCCGCCCCGGCCUCCCGCACGUUCCUCCUGGGACCCCAGGGCGUGGGGGCCGCACGCUGCGCUGGCGUGACGGACUCACUUCCCACAGCGCAGGCAGGACCGUCCCCCCGGGCUGCCCGCUGCCCCCAGGGGCCCGUGGCGCACUGCCGGCAGGCCUGGUGUCCGGGCUCCAAGUUCACCAUUCGCUCCCGGGGAUUCUGCGCUUCCCGCCUUCACGCUGACGAAUCUUGAGGAGGCGCUCGGAAAUGAGGCUGAGGUUUGCGCACACGCGACCCGGCGCUGGAACGAGCUGCUUAGAUUUCUAGCGAUGCUUGAACUCCUGCGGUCGGCCCUUCCCACCUCUGUGCUGCGUGCGGGCAGGAGCCGGCGGCACCACCUGGCCGUGGGAAGACGCGGUCCCUCCCGUGUCUCCCGGAUGCUCCCGGCCUCACCGGCACCGCUGCGGCCCCUUGCCGGCCGUGCUCCCCUCCCCACGUGUCCUCUCACCUCCGUGCCCCUGGAUUCACGGCCUGGUGGCCGAGCUGGCGUGACGUUUUCCUUCGUCCGUUUGCCGUGUGUCCCUCCGGGAGCCGCGGGAACGGUGCUUGGCGUGCGGCCGGUCCCCCCGGUGCUUUCACGUCUUUCUGAACGCGGGAGGCGGCCGCUGCUGCUGUGGGGCAGCACGUGGGCCGUGCGUGCUUUCUGUGCACGUGUGAAGAUGGUGAACUAAGUACGGGCCUUUUUAAGAGUCUCGUCGCCGAGUCCUAGGGGCGGAUGGCUCAGGCAGGGCUGUGUCGCUGUCGCGUCCUCUCCUUCGUGUGUGUUGGGGCCGCUGCUGUCGAAUCGCAGCUGCUUGCGGCCUGGAGGGAAGUUGGGUGUCGGGAGUCACCGGAGCGCUGCCCUCGGCGGUGGCGACGGGCAGCGGAGAGGCGGACGGACGUCCUGAGGAGCUCUCCCCGCACAGCCCGGCGUGGCUCUCGACUGUGCUGGGCGGUGUCGUGAGGGAGGGGAGAGCAGAUAGGGUUCCUGGCCGCCUCCUAGGUCCCCUGUGGAUGCCUUGUCCCCGUCAGACCCUAGACCCCAGGCCAUGGAUUCUCUCAGCGGCCUCACCACCUGCCCCGUCCUGGCCGUUUUGGAACCUAACGAUAAAUGCUCGUCACCAGAUGGCCUUUGGGGGGGGGGGGGCUGUCUGUCCUCCAGGCGCUCCUUCCAGAACCAGCCACGGUGCCGCGCUGCUCGGAGGUUCUGGGCGGAACAGGACAGGCAGGCCUCUGGCGAGCAAGCUUCGCUGGACCGCAGACCGAGGUACAUGGCCACGUGCAAGGGCUCGCACAGGCCUCCACGCCCACGUGUCCUCCGAGGGCCCUCCCAGCUGCUUGCCCAUCACUCCUUGCCCAGCUUCGGGCUCGGUGGUCAGAACGUUUUAGCCUCAGAAUCUUUUUUCCCAAACGUUGCUGGGUGGAACCCUAUGAGACUGGAUGUGAAAUUGGAACAGGGUAGAACCGGUCCCCCCUUCCUUCCCCCCCCAGUUGCUGCUGAGGCAGGAAGCCUGGGGCUCCUUGUCCCUGCGAGCCCUGGCCAUCUUGUCCUGGCCCAGCCUGCACCUCUUCCUCUUAGUCCCACCUGGGCCAGAAGGCAGCCCGGGGCCACGGCAGUCAGGCGUGGUUCUGGAGGGAUAGGGGUUGGAGGCGGGGGUACGCAGAGAGGCAGACUGGGUUCUUUCCUGGCAGCCCGUGCCGCAGGGGAAGCAGAAUUUGGGGCGAACGGGACCCACCCAUGCUGCCUCCGAGGGCCCGCCUGAGCAUCUCUGGGGAGGAGGUGCCCCGGGUGCCAGCCGUGGCGGGCUCUCCUGGCGUGGGAGCAUGCUGACGGUUCGUUCGCAGGCGUGAUGUGUGUUAAGUGCCCGCCCUGCGCUGGGCGUCGUGCUCAGCCUGGGGCCGGCGGGUGAUCAGACAAGGCCCCUGUCCUGCCUUCAGAGAGCACAGGUUUCCCGGGAAGGGCCGGAAGUUGGGGAGGCGGGAACACAGGUGAGGGGCGGAAGGUGGCUCGGUGGGGGUGUUAGGGGGUCCAUGAGGGCGGUAAAGAGAACAGAGGUCCUGCCUGCUUCGGCCCAGCAAGUCCAGGAGGGGGAUCCAGGGCAGUGAGGCGGCCGUGUGCGUGCAGCCAGGCUCCUCUGCCAUUUGUCACAUGUGGCUCCCACUUCACGUCAAGACUGGCCUUCCAGUCCCCAUCCUGGUGUCUUCUUCCAGCCACCGGGAGCAGGAAGCGUAGCACCUCCUCCGAGAAUUCCCUCAGCGGGCACACAUCCCUUCUGCUCCCGUCCCUUGGGCCGGGUCCCAGGGACAUCUGGGCCUGCAGUUGUGGAGGACGCGAGGGCCCGCGCUGGGGAGCAGCCCGGGAAAGCCGGGGCCAGGUCUCCUCACCCCCACCCCUACCCCCCCCCGCCCACUCUGGGCCUCGGCCCUGCUCCCCAAGGCCAUGGAGGGCCCGUGUGUCAGGAGGGCCCGGGGUGUGGAGGAAGGGGGCGGGCAGUGUUGGGCCUCCACUCGUGGGGCGGGGACCCCGCACUGCAGCAGGCCCAGAGGACUGGAAUUGUGGUCCCCACCGACCCACCCCCAGGGCCCAGGCCUUCCACAAAAGGACUGACUGCGUUUGCGCAGAGGGUGAGGUUCCAGGGUGCUCGUGGAAAGUGGAGCUCGCAGGGAACAGCACGUGGGAGGAGCGGUGGAUCGACUGGGGACACAGGCUGAACUGUAGGCUGGUCAGGGAGAAUCUCAGACACCGAUCUCAGGAGCUGUUCUUUCAAAGGAGCCAAAUUUGGUUGGAGUAGUCAGGGAAGCUGUUUACGCCCAGGGCGUCAGUGAUGAAGGCAGCAGAGCACUCGGCCGGCAGGGAGAGGAGUUGGGGGGCAGGGAAGACAGCCAGAGCCUCUGUCCUCCCAGGGUGACUGUGGGCGAGCCCAGGGCUGCGCCCCUGGCCAGCAGUGGGAGGCUGGAGCAGAAGCUGUUGGGGGAGGCCGCCCCACCGCCCCCGAGAUGGGACUGGUAACACGAUCCGGCCUGGGUGGCCCGUGCCCGGAACUGCUACAGCACGUUACCUAAGACGACUAGUCUCCUACCUGGACGUGCAAGGAAACGGCGCACGUGGCCCAGACCCCAGGAAACAAAGGCCACAGAGCUGGCAGUGUGUGAGUUAGACUGAGCAGAGGAGACUUGAAAGUGGCCGCCGUAGAUACAGUCAGAGGAAAGAAAACAGCUGCAAACAGGGAAGGGAAAGUAGUGAGGGAAGGUGCCAUCACAGCGACGCAACUAACGGAACCAAUGAAAAGAUCAGAAUUAAGGAAAAAGUAAAAGAACCAAGGGGGAAUUCUCGAGUUGUAAAAUACAGCAACCACGAUGGAAGGUUCACUAGAGGGGCUCAACGGUAGCCAUGAGCUGGCAGAAGAUCCAUGACCUUGACCUAGAGACCCACAGAUCACACAACGCAAAGACAGUGACGGGAAAGGAGCAAACAGUCUCGGAGAAACAGGGACACCCGUGUGCACCGUCGGAGCCACAGGACGGGGAGGGCAGGAGACAGAAGGGAAACAAUACGCAAAGAAACAGUGGCUGAAAAUCCCCAGAUUUAUCAGGAAACGACCACCGACAAGUCCAGCCGGCUCGGUGAGCUCCAGUGGGACCGAUGCUACGAUCCAGAGUCCGGGAAAGCCCUCCCUGGCCACGAGAGCGCCCCACGAGGCUGGCAGCUGACCCCAGGCGCAGGGACGGCAUCGUCCGAGUGCUCGAAGAGAACCCACAGCCAAGACUCCUGCGUCCACCAAAACUGUCUUUCCGAAUAAAGAGAGAGAACGACGUUUGCGGAUACACAAAACCCGAGAGGGUUUGGUACCAGUGGACCCACCUUCCGAGAAACACUGAAGUUCCUCAGGCUCAAAGCAUGUGACCCCGACAGUAGUUCAAAUCCACUCAGAACAAAAAGAAGCUUGGGGAAGACAGUUCUGUCCUGAUGGGAGACCUAGGAGACCGUGUCCAGUUGACCCUCGGGCAUCUCUGCGGUUGGGGCGCCCCCCCCCCCCCCCGCUACUCUUUCCUCUGGCGGCUUCUCUAAAAGGCAUGCCAUCGCACAAGGUGGGCGUCUUGGCCCCGUGUCGUUGAGUUCAUCGCGUUUACAGUGUGCUGUGUCUCAUGGUCACACCGGGAAGGGGUGUGGGGCUGCCGUCUCCAGCAGGAAGGGAGCGAGGGCACAUCCGAAGUCUGUUCUGGCCGGCCUGAGAGCGGCUGCCCGGGAGGUAACUCAAAAGUAGCAACAGAUGCAUCACAGGAAUUAAAGUGCUACGUUAGAAGAAAACAUAAAAGCAGCAGAUGAGGGCUGGAGGGACCGGAAGGCCCGGGACCCUCAGCAGCGGGACCUUCCGGCCUCCCUGGCCCUGGCUGAGGUGACAGCGUGGUCCCCGUUGUGCAGAGCAGGGGUCGAGGCCCUGAGCUGGUCCGCGCCACGGCAGAGGUCUUGCUGCGGCCCCUGGAACCCGUCAUCCCGCAGAGGGGGGCCCCGGAGUGCGCCAGCCGCGGCCGUGCUUGUGGCCUCAAGGGCCAGCGCUGCUGUGCUCCUGGCCGCUUGUCCCUGUGGGAGCCAGGAAGGACGCCGUGCCGCCACUGCCAUUUCAGGCCGCACGGAGCCUCCAGGCAUGCUGAUUUAUUUAAAAUUGACCUUUGUCAGUAAACUUGCCUUAGAGAA